GUUGGUUCCUGCCAUCAUGAUGGAAUCUCUGGAUCAGUGAAGGAGAGGACUGUCGGGCCUGGAGACAACGUCACCCUCUAUUGUCCCUGCAAAUUGACGACUGAAGAAGACAUAGUCUGGCUCAGGAAUUGUUCUCAUGAAAACCAGCCAACUCUUGUAAUAAAAAAUCUCUUCUGGGCCCAUCAACGGCCAUUUCCACAUUUUAAAUUUAUGCCGAACUCUUCUUCUAGUUCCUUCGACCUGCUGAUUACAAAUGUCACUGAUGCUAAUGAAGGCGUUUACUACUGUGGAACUAUGAAAAAAACAGAAAAAUAUAAAAAGAGUACACCAGAAGAUAUUUGCAGGUGCAGCAACAUCGCAACCAGGCUAACCAUCAGUGUUGCUUUCUGCCAUCAUGAUGGAAUCUCUGGAUCAGUGAAGGAGGUGACAGCCAGACCUGGAGAGAACAUCACCCUCUAUUGUGACUGCAAUAAGUCGACUGGGGUAUACAUAGUGUGGUUCAGGAAUUGUUCUCAUGAAAACCAGCCAACUUUUGUCCUAAACAGUCGUCUCAGCUGGUCUCAGCAAGUUCCACGAUUUAAAUUCAUCAAAAACUCUACUUCCUUUGACCUGCUGAUCACAAAUAUCACUGAUUCUGAUGAAGGGGUUUACUACUGUGGAACUACGGAGACAAAGGUGGAAAUCGGAAUCGAAAAAAUUACAUCAAGAGAUAUCUACAGGUACAGCAACAUCACAACAAGGCUCACCGUCAAGCCCAGUCCGCUUCACGUUGACGUAAAUAAGACGCAGCAGAACUGUGAUGUGGACUGGAAACUCCUCUUCUUUUUGUGCCUGUCUUUCGUUUUUAUCUCAGCUAUCUUCUCCUCUCUUCUGGGUGAAGACGUGUGUUAUGCAGCCCCGGAAAUCUGUCAGGCAUCACAGAGACCAAAGAGGAAGAGCACCGCCAAAAGUUCAGACUUCUGCACGUACUCUGCCAUCAGUGUUGGUUCCUGCCAUCAUGAUGGAAUCUCUGGAUCAGUGAAGCAGAGGACUGUCGGGCCUGGAGACAACAUCACCCUCUAUUGUGAUUGCAAUAAGUCGACGGCUGAAGGAUCCAUAGUCUGGCUCAGGAAUUGUUCGCAUGAAAACCAGCCAACUCUUGUCCUAAACAGUCUCGACUGGGCCUAUCAACAGCCAUUUCCACGUUUUAAAUUUAUGCAGAACUCUUCGUCUAAUUCCUUCAACCUGCUGAUUACAAAUGUCACUGAUGCUGAUGAAGGCGUUUACUACUGUGGAACUAUGAAAAAAACGGAAAAAAAUAAAAAGAGUACACCAGAAGAUAAUUGCAGGUACAGCAACAUCGCAACAAGGCUCACCAUCAUAUUAGAUACACAAGAUAAUGACAAACCAAGGGCCACCACAAGAAAGCCAAGAGAGGGUGAAGACGUGUGUUAUGCAGCCCUGGAAAUCCGCCAUGCAUCCCAGAGACCAAAGAGGAAGAGCACCGCCCAAAAUUCAGACUUCUGCACGUACUCUGCCAUCAAUACUUCUCGGGUG